AUGAACCUCCGUGGCGGUGAGUCAUGCAACGACGCGAUCCCGUCUUCUGAAUCCGUCUGGUCUGCUGCCCGCACGCACCACCAAUAUCGCGGAGUGAAGCGCGGCCAAAUGCGGCGCCUCGCGCAUCCCAUAUCGCUCGAAGGCGGAAAGAAGGCCCCUGGCAUCCAUGCUGGCGCGCGCGCAUCGGGCUUCUAUCGCACAGUCACACCCACCCGGCACGGCCCUACGCUGCGCCGUCGCGCCGACCCGGCAGGGCGUCCGACAGACGUGUCCCCGCUGCACCACCGGGGACCUGCCCGAUCGGGCGACGCCGAUGCAGCGGAACCACAGCCGCUGCGAGGGUGUCAGACACGGCUUCCAGCAUCCAGCAUCGCGCAGCUGCACUUCUCCGAACCGGGCGCUGUUCCCUCGAGGCUGCGGCCCGGGCCUGGGCUGCUCGCCUUCUCCGUGCUGCUAUCUCAGCUUCUCGCGGCGGCAGGAACAUGA